AUGUCAAGCAGCGUCGAUACACCCGAACUACCAGCAGACAUCUACAAGGUGCGUUGGACAUUGAAUGUGCCUACCCUCGCCGAAAUCAAGGAGCCUGGACAGCAAGUCAGGGUGACAGAUAUCGUGAAAAAGAAACUCGAAAACAGAAUCUUCAGCGCCUAUCCGGCAGCCGAGGAGGUGGCAAGUGGCCAAUGGUGGAUGGGUCGCAUUUCUUGUAUCGAAGCUGGAAUGCGCUUGUCUCGGGAUCCUUCACUGCUCAUGGGUAGCUAUGCUGUAUGCCAACCACCGGAGAUGGAGCCUAUCAAUGCGGAUGAAUGGGCAGAAUUUGUUUUAGUUGUAAGAAACAUUUCUGGAAGCGCAGAGCAGUGGAUUUAUGAAUGGGAAAUCAAUCACAAAUAUAACCAAAAGUUUGGCAGAAAGUUCAAGGAAAGACAACUCGGAAACGAUAUUAUUCGAGGUCCACCAGCUAGUCCGAUACCAGUCGUAGCAUAUUUUAAGAUUAAACGAACGGAAACGGGAUUAUUCUAUGUGGAGCCUGAGCAAACAUUCUCAUCCAUCGACUUAUUGCUUACACAUUACCACUCCCAUGCACUACCCAUAAACGGGAAGAAGGAUGUCUCAAAGCAACCAUUCAGUUUGAUACUUAGAGGGAUUAGUCAAUUUGACACGGCAUCACCUAUUCCUCCCAGACCAAUGCUUGGACCAAUGAAAAAGCCGACAUACAAAAAAAGUGAACGUUCACCAUUUCGACUUAUUCUUGGUGAUGGACAAAAGACACUUGAAAGUAUGAAAGCGCGAAUAGCUAAUAGAGUCUUCAUUAUUGAUAACGAGCAGAAAGAAGCUUUGUACAAGGGAUAUCUUUUUUACAAUGGAAAGUUCAACCCAGUAACAAUUCGCAAACAACGUCCACGACUUUUCAAGCAGAAGGCUUUUGAGAAAGACAUUCAGCGCUUGAGUAAGGUUGGACAAAGAGAAAAGGGAUCAAAGCAAGACGCAAAUAUCGCAGGGACUAAGAAUGGAUACGAGUUUCUUUCACAUAUCGUUGCUUAUGGCAAUGAUGAAUGGAAAUACGGAAAAUGGGUUGCGUACGAGUUUGCGUUUGGUGUACCACUCGAUCGUCUACUUCAAUGGCGGAAAUAUAAAAAUGAAACUAUGUAUUUGAGAGAAAAAUCAGAAAUUCUAUACCAGAUAAGCGCAGGGAUGCGAUUUUUGGAGCUAAAUGGCCUCUGUCAUCGUCAUUUACGAGCUUCAAAUGUUAUACUUCGCGAAGAUGGUUAUCAUAUGUACGGUGUAAAAAUCACCGACUAUAUGCUCACCUAUCAUUUCUUAGACCCGGAUGUAGUGGAGUCGAUAAACUUGGCGGACUUGGAUUGGCCAUGGUGGGCACCAGAAUGUGUGCUUUAUAAAUGUUUCGAUAUAGUUAGCGAUAUUUGGGCUUUUGGAUGUGUGAUUUUUGAGAUAAAUCACGAUGGCCUUGGUCCUUACGCCUUUCAGCAGCAUCGCCCGCAAUCUCACCAGGAUUUGCAAGCAAUUUUUGAGAGAGGAGAAAAGAUGGAAAUAGUGCUUGAAGAAGACAAAGAAACAUUUUUGGAGGAACUUCUUUAUAUGUGCGUUCGAUACAAUCCGGAUGCUCGUCCAACAUUCGCCUACUUAUUCGAAUUUUUCCGCGACGUCCUGUUCGAUUUUGCUGAAGGACCAAUGCCAGCUAUUGACAAGUACAUCAAAAAAGCUCCGAAGACAUUCCAGCAUCCCAAAAGAAGCAAGAAAAUACCCGAGGACGCAAAAUUCUUGAAGAAAGAACCAUCGACAAGCUUCACUUAGUGCAACACUCAUAACCAUUCUAUUUAAAAACAGAAAAACCAGAAAUAUUGCUCGGAUGUCUUCAUAGUUGUAGAACAUGAU